AUGAGCAGCACUGACCCGCCGCCUGAUCCCGAGACUUUCGCCCAUUGCUAUCAGCUAGAGGUGCUGGAGAAAGCAAAGAAGGAGAACACGAUCGUCUUCCUGGAGACGGGUUACGGGAAGAUGCUCAUCGCAGUUAUGUUACUUCAUUCCUACGCCUUCGCGAUUUGGAAGCCCUCGUGGGACAUUGCCAUCUUCCUCAUCCCAACUAUCAUUUUGGUCACCCAACAAGCCAAAGUCAUUGAGAUGCACACUGCUCUUACAGAAUGGGAUGCUUUGAUGCUAUCUAAUUUUGCACUUGAGAAUCAAUUACACACAGCUAGGCAAGAGUUGAGUCAUGCUUUGUAUCAGCUAUAA